UAUCGCUUGCUUGCCUGCCUCUUCCAGCCCAGAUACCACGCCACCAGCCUUUUGACCACAUUUCUCAUCGACGCCUCAGGCACACUGCUUUCCAAUGCAAUCUGAUUCAACGGUUGACAAACUUCUGGCCUCGUCGAGCCCCAAAACAUGUCCUUUAACAACAAUGCAUUCGGACAGCUACCACAGACAACCUUCCCGUCCAGGUCAUGCCCCGGCAUCGUGGACUCCGUGGUACUGUCACGCUCACGAAAUCAAGACGCGCCAACCCAAUGGCCGGAGACGGCUUCACGCUCCUCUCACCCACUUUACGCACUUGGUGGGUCGCUCUGGGGUCCGCCCUCCACCCAAACCCGGCUGCCCGCCAAUCUGCCUCCAUGACGGCUCCCCAGAUGGGUUUAGCGUCCCGCCGGCCUGGGCAGAUCGCCCUUUCCAAAGUCAUGUUGUUGCACAGCCAGCACCUUGCUGUCACUCUGUUCACUAAUUCACAGAGAUUGAACUCCAGGCUCCAGCCAAUAACGACGGGUGAAUCAAAGCCCGGUUGGAUAAAUGGUGUCAGCCCCCAUCAGACGGGCCUCGGUGCGACCGCUCCACAACACAGAGAGGGCAGGGUAGAACAUCGACGAAGGGAACAAACAACCCGACAUAUCGGGUUUUUGCUGACAAAAAAGUGCCUUGCCCACCUUAACUAUGUAUUCCGCAGAACACGACCCUGGCACCACAUUAAAUUUACCCGAAGUCCUAUGCCCUGAAGGCUGCAAUACGUCAGAAGGUUUGAGCAAACGCAGACAUGAUGAGUUUAGACUUCGUCUUUUCGCCUCAAACGAAUAGUCUGGUGGCUCGCUCCAGUCAUUUAGCUCUCUUAUGCCUGUCUCGUUGAUCCAGCUGGUGGCACUCGAGGCUUCCGUAACCCAGCGCCAACUAUUCUAUGCAGUCCAAACGCGACCCAAAGCAUGAUCCACACAUUCCAGGCAAUUAGCCAAGAUCUGACCGCACGGAACGGAAAGCUAAAGGACCACUGCUCCCCGUCGAU